GAAAUAAAAGAAUAUCAUUUCCAUGUUUAUUUUCUUCAGGACAAUAAACAAAAUCGUGCAUCAGCUCUUGCUUUACGGGAAAAGAUAUUUAAACUAAUCGAGAAAGGAUUUUUUCAUCCCGUUCCGUUAGAUACUUAUAAUGAUUCACCAAGGGGACCUCACUCAAUCGGAUCUUAUGAAGUGUGGUGUCCUAAAGAACAUUUCUCUAGAGUCUAUUCAUGGUUUGCUCUUCAUCAUGGGGUACAUUCGAUACUUAUUCAUCCUUUAACUCAGUAUGAAGUAUUAGAUCAUAGUGACAGAAGUGCAUGGAUGGGAAAGCCUGUUCCUUUGGAUUUAUCCAAGCUUCCGGAAUAUGUGGAUAAAAUUCCUUUACAAUAUCCCGAACUUGGUCUCGGAUAUUCUGCA